AUGCAAAGACCAACAUGCACAAUGCUCCGCGUCCGCACUCCAUCGGAUGCACAUGCCAUCUUUCAUGCUGUCUCUUUGAACUUGCUGCCCAUCGUCGCCCGUAGACUAGACACUGAAGAACGUCGAGCUAUAUCUUCAGGUUGUGUCUUCGUUUGGGAAGAAAGAGGUUCCAGCGCUGAAAGUACGGGUCUGGGUAUCGAACGAUGGACAGAUUCUAUUCGAUGGGGACCUAGUCGUGUGAAAGAUGAAUUCUUAUUUUAUCAUGAAAAAGAGCCCGACGCGGCUGAUUUGGAGCUUGCUUCCGAGUCAAAUGGCCCUAUAACGCCUCAUCAUUAUAGUCGUGGAUUUUAUCGGGAAAAUUUGAUAAAACAGACAUACUCUGUCUUUGUCGAAACCCCAAGAGGACGUCGCAAAUGGCACCUCAUUGCUUAUUUCACUCAAGAAUCGCUUGAAUUUCUGCAUACCAUAGACGAUAUACCUGGUCUUUCGAGCCUUCAUGUCCCGCCAGGCAAGUACAAAAGCGCACGCUCAGCGAAGAACGGCAAAUCUUCCGCCAGCCCUGUCUAUGAGCCACUUGCAAUAAAUUCUUUCCCAGAUGAAUCACACACUUUAUAUCCUUCUCGUCAUCGAAGGCGGGUGGAGAUUCUUGCGCCACUUGCUUAUCUGCAGAACAUUCCUCCUCCUCGACGCCACCCCUUGGACGAGGAAGCUUUAAUGUCCUUUACGGGAUUGCAUGUGUAA